AUGUCAGUCGAAGCAACAACAAUUCAAACAACAGCACCAAACUCGUUAGUCAUGAAUCCAACAUCUAUGUUAGUAGAAAUGAAAAGCUUCAUUCCUUCUUCAUAUACUUUUGAAACAGAAAUCCAGAAGAUAAAGCAGGAACUUUUAACAAGUACUUUGGACUGUUGUGCGAAAGAUGAACAAAAUGAACAGUAUCUUUACGACAUGCAGGACCCGGUGGAACAUUUACCCAAAUUGCCUGAAAUCCAACAACAAAAGCUCACUAUUCCUGAAUUCGAUGAAAUUGAAGUGAAACCAACUGACUCAGUAGAAAUAAAGAAGUUCAUACGAAAGGUAAACUAUGAGUUUCUAGGAUUUCAUUGCAACCAUAAGGUUAUGGACAAAGAUUGCGACAUGGUAUAUAAGAAUGUUUCUGACAUAUAUAAAUCUGAAGAAUUUAAGACCUACGACAACUUUGUUUCGUUAGUUGCUGAAUGUGUAUGGCAGAUAAGAGAUAAAGAUAAAAGAU